AUGAAAAUGUAUACUACAUCUAUCAACAAUGAAAAAUCGUCGAUACUCUAAAUUGUUGCAACCUCGUACAAAAUCGAUUUAAUUUUAACAUCAUAGCAUUUCAUUUAUUUUGACAGUUUUUUUUUUUUUUUCGAAGUUCAUUGUUUUUACACAAUGCAGGAAUACUUCCGUUCUUGAAAAUAUAGAAAAACAUUUUUUUCACUAUUGAAGUUCUUUUCUUAAUUUGCAACGAAUCCUCAUUAUAAUCGCAACGAUAAGAAUUUAUCGAAAUUACUGAUAGGCCAUUCUUGUUGAAUGUUGCAGGAUAUUGGCCAUUCGGAGUGCUCUGGUGCAACGUCUACGUGACGUGCGACGUGCUAGCAUGUUCCGCGAGCAUAAUGCACAUGUGCUUUAUCUCGCUGGGCCGGUAUCUGGGCAUUCGGAACCCGUUGAGAACACGGCACACAUCUACAAAACGGAUGGUCGGCUUCAAGAUCGCGGCCGUGUGGCUGCUCGCCAUGUUGGUCUCCAGUUCCAUCACAGUGUUAGGUAUAAUAAAUCCUUCGAACAUUAUGCCUCGGCCAGGAGCAUGCGUGAUCAACAACAGAGCGUUCUUCGUAUUCGGUUCUUUGAUCGCCUUCUACAUCCCCAUGAUUGUCAUGGUGGCCACGUACGUUCUGACAGUGCAACUGCUCAGGCAAAAGGCUCGUUUCGUUGCAGAACACCCUGAACGGGAUCAAUUUCGAAGGUUGGGAGGCAGAUACUUUUCGACGAAGGCUUCCUCCACUACUUCGGUUACGGAGACCACCACCACCACGUCGUCGUCGUCGUCGUCUACGCGGUACACAUGGAGGACUUCCGGCGGUGUCGGAAACGAAAGGUGCAAGAGCGCGAGGCAGAGCAAGCAUCAACCGCAGCUGAAUUUCGCCGUGAACGGCGCGAGCAACCCGACCGGAAGUACGACCGGGACGAAACUGGCGACAAAAGUGGAUCAGGCCACACAAACGCCGGAGAACAUAGCCCGCGAGACAAGGAACUUCACUCUGAGGGCCCUCAAGCUGCAGCUGAACGUCGCCCCCAACACCUUAAAUCUCAGGUUUCUCGCGGGACGAACGAAAAGAAGAUCGUUGGCUGCGAAUGCCGUGGCAACGGAACAAAAAGCCAGCAAAGUCCUGGGACUGGUUUUCUUCACGUUCGUCCUCUGCUGGGCGCCAUUUUUCCUCUUGAAUAUAUUCUUCGCUGCCUGCCCCGAGUGCUCGGUACCGGUACACGUGGUCGACACGUGCCUCUGGCUUGGUUACGUGUCCUCCACCAUCAAUCCGGUGAUCUACACGAUCUUCAAUAGAACGUUCAGGGCUGCGUUCGUCAGAUUGCUGAAGUGCAAGUGUUCAGGGGAGAAACGUUUUCUAGGUCAGCGAGGCCGGCGAGAUAUCGCUCGGUGACGGAAGGUGGACGCAACGCGAUGAGCCUGUGCACCCCGACCGCACUUCCAUUGGUCAUUAGUCUUCAGGGUACGCCGCUGUUGACGCCGACACCGAAUCCGACGGCCACGCCGGCCUCAGGAAGCUCCUACGUGACGAUGAUGCAUCGCACGCCGACUUCCCUUUACCGUGACACUUUCCAUCAGCACGAGCACGAUCAGAAUUGUUGA